UUUUGUUGUUGAGUUGUGGUGUCAACUUAUAACUUAUAAACAUUUCAGUUGUGUAGUUGGAGUUGGGUUUGAACCAUCUCUAGCCAAAAAUAAAAUGUGAAAUAUUCUUUUCGUUAAUGAAAUCCAGAAUAAAAAAAAUCAGUGUAAUCACUACUAUCUAGUUCAGCAUAAUAUUAGUUUAGUAUCAGCAAAUUUGACUUUUCAGCUUCUACUAUGAAUAUUGUUUCAAGAGUAACCAACAAGUUACCUAAUAUUCAAAUUCUUUCAAAAAACAUCAAAUUCAAAUUGUAUUCCCAGGCGGAUCUCCAGGUGGCAAAACAUCUAAAAAAACCUCCACAUUAUCUUGAUUUUUGUAAAGAGUUCACAGAUGGUGGAGACUCUGAAUUAUUACAACAAAACAUGAUCAAUAGCAUGACAGUGCAUAAUGACUUUCUCAGUGAAAAUGAGGAGCAAUCAAUUUUAGAUGAAAUAGAGCCAUACAUGAAGAGAUUGCAUUAUGAAUUUGAUCAUUGGGAUGAUGCCAUACAUGGUUAUAGAGAAACAGAAAGACUGAAAUGGAAUGAGCAGAACACAAAAAUUAUUGAUAGGGUUCGCAGAAUAGCCUUUCCACCUAAUGUAGCCCAAUUGAAAUUUGUACAUAUUCUAGAUUUAGAGAAGAAUGGUUAUAUCAAACCCCAUAUAGAUGCAGUGAGGUUUUGUGGUGAUACCAUUGCUGGAUUAAGCCUACUUUCUGAUAGUGUAAUGAGACUGGUUCAUGAUAAGAAUAAGACAUUAUAUGCUGAUAUCUUGAUCAAGAGGAGAUCUUUAUAUAUAAUGAAAGAUAGUGCCCGUUUUGAUUAUACACAUGAAAUUCUAAACAAUGAGAACAGUAUUUUCAAAGGAGAAAGAGUAUUGAAGGAGAGAAGAAUAUCUGUGAUUUGUAGAAAUGAACCAGAUCCUGGAAAGAAGAAUUCAUGAACAUUUGAUUUACUAUGACAGUAUUAUCAAAGAACUG